GGAAAAACAAUCGAAAAGGUUAAAGCUUUAGUUUCUCUCUUAUGGUUUUCAUUCUCUGUUUGGUUGUUUGUUUACUCUGUUCUUUCCUUAUGGCUCUGUUUUCACCAUAUGUAUGGUUAGUUUCCUUAUGGCUCUGUUUUCACCAUAUGUAUGGUUAGUUUCCUUAUGGCUCUGUUUUCUCCAUAUGCAUGGUUAGUUUUACUCUGUUGUUCUACUACAAGUUUCAGAUGAAACUGUGUUGUAGUUUUACCGCUUGUAGUCAGUCAGAGUUUGCCCAUCUUCCAUUAAAAAUUUCAAAUUCAGACAAAGCUGGUAGCUUUUGUUAUUUAUUUAUUUAUUUUUUUGUCCUGUCUGAAACUUUUGUUUAAAUGCUCAAAUCACUUACUUCAUUUUUCAGGGACUGGAUCUGUCUGCAUGGAAUCAAAGAAGCUAGAGAUGGGCUCGAGAGAUUUAAUCAGCUGUCUCCCUCGAGAGGUUCUGGUAGAGAUCUUGUCCUUACUUCCAACCAAACUUGCUGCUUCAACCUCUCUUCUCUCGAAAAAGUGGAGGUAUCUGUUUGCACUGGUUCACAGUCUUGAUUUCGAUGAUACUGUCUUGCUGCAACCGCCGCCAGAAGAAGGGAGGGAAGAACUCAAGGAGAGCUUCAGAAACUUUGUGGACAGAAGACUCGCUUUGCAAUGCGGUUGUGGUUCUCGUAUCAAGAAAUUCUCUCUAACAUAUCUCGUUACCAACAACAGCGAUGUGGUUGAUGAGCGUCGCUGGAUAAGCAGUGUCGUUGAGCGUGGUGUUUUGGAAGUGGACGUUACUUUGAGGCCUCGUUGGCUAGGCCCUGUACAUACUGAUGAGGUUCACGGGAACUGCUUUCUUCCUUAUCACCUCUUCAGGAGCAAGACACUGGUUAAGCUGCGUCUGGGAACAGAUACUAAUGUUGGAAAGCUUCCUCCUGAUGUGUUUCUUCCAGCGCUUAAGAGUCUCUUCCUCGAUACCAUCAUGUUUGACGACCAAGAUCUCUCUGAUGUGCUUCUUCCUGGUUGCCCAAUGCUUGAGGAGUUAACUGUUGUUCACAAGACUGAUUUUUAUCCUAAUUACAGGAUAUCGAGUCAGACAAUCAAGAAGCUAACAGUUUUCUAUUGUUAUGAUUUUGGAAUUGAUGAUGGGUCUCGUAUAUCAUUUGACGCCCCAAGUGUUGUCUCUCUCAACUACACUGACUAUGCCUUGUAUGAGUAUCCACUUGUUAACUUGGGAUCCUUAGUCAAAGCUAAGCUGGACAUUUCUUAUUCUAAAACAAAUAUCAAGAGGCCGGAUUUAUCGGGUCUCCUUGUAGGGAUAAGCAACGUGGAGACUCUCCAUCUUUCUCCCGAUUCUACUGAUUUGAUUUCUCGAUGUGUUAAACAUGGACUAGUUUUACCGGUGUUUAACAAUCUGGUUACCUUAUCUUUUGGGAGUAAAAACAAACGUGGUUGGAAACUGCUGCCAUAUCUGCUUAAGCACUCUCCAAAGCUUGAAACAUUAAUCAUCCAGGGUCUGGAUAGUUACACAGGCGAUGUUACCAUUGGUCUGUUCCAAGUCAAGGAGCUGCAUGUUGUUGGUUAUAAAGGAACUGCUAAAGAGCUUCAACACCUGAAGAGUUUGCUUGCAGGAACCGAAUGCAUCCCGAAAAUGCAAGUGGAGUUCCCUGAAGAUGUUGUGGUCGAUGAUGCCAAAAUGAUCCAAACCCGUAGGGAUUUAUUUAUCCUUGUCGGAGUUGUUUCAACCGAUGUCGCUUAUUUCGAGUAGACCUUUGUGUACCAUUAAACCACAUUAUUUAUUUGCUUCCUUUGUCUCAUUUCUCUCUCUUUGUAUGGAGCUGCUUUUCUCAUGUAACAUUAAAACUUGUUUCA